AUGAUUUGCAUAAUGCAUGGUGGUGGAUCAAUUCAAAAAAUUCGAUUAUUUAAAGAAGGUCAUAUGCGUCAUGCUAUAGUGACGUUUGUGGAUAUUAAGUCAGCUGCCGCAGUUAUUAAUACAGAGAAUAAAAUUAAUGAUUCAUUAUUAAAAAUGGAAUAUUGUAGUUCAGCUGAUACAACAGUAGGAAUUAUAAAUCAUAAAAAUAUCAAUUCACAUCGUAAUAAUACAGAAAUUACAAAUCAAUUGCCGACAUUUAAUAAUAAUAAUAACAGUAAUCAUAAUAAUUCGGAUCGUAAAACAGAAAAGGAGUUGAAUACUAACGCUCUUCAUAAAGGAUCAAAUGAUUCACAUCAUUCACUUCCUAACAGUGAUCAACUGGGAAGAGGACCACUGAUAUUUAAACGUACAACUAACAACAACACUUCAUCAAAUGUUGUUAACAAUGUUCAGAUGUUCAGUCAAGUAUUACGUCCAGUUCAAAGUUCCACAUUAACAACACGUAUGUCAAAUUCCUAUCGUGGUUUAAAAAUUAGCGAUCUCCCACCUCCAAGUAAAUUAUCUGACGCUCAUUUAAGACAAAGUUUAUUUACUGAAUUUCGACGAUGUGGUCGUAUCCAAUCAGUGGUUCUACCUCCAACAAAUAAUGGUUCAACAAAUACAACUAGGUUAGCAAUUGUAACAUUUCGACGUGCAGAAGAGGCCGAAUGUGCUUAUCAAGCAAUUCAAGGUGGUGCUAAAAUUCUAUUCUCUACUCCUGUUUCAGUUGAAUUACAUCCAGGGUCAAAUGUUAAUGAUGAACUUUCUCUAAAACGUUCUUCAACUUCAAGUACAUUGAUUGGAAACACUACUAAGCCGAGUAGUAAUAAUAGUAGUGGUAGUAGUAAUAGUAAUAAUAGUGACACAUUGAUGAAUUCACUGUCUGCUUCUACUACCACUACUACUACAACACAAUCGGGAUUAAAUAAAACUGUUAACUCUCAUUCAACUGAUGAUCAUUUAUCAAAUAACAGUCAAACAAUAACAACAGUAAAUAAAUCACCAACACGAACACUGCAUGUUGCUGGUCUUACUGUUGGACCUACUGGACCUGUUACAUCUGAACAACUGACGACGGCAUUUCGUAAAUUUGGUGAUAUAUAUGUUGUUUUUUUGGUAUCGAAUGUUCAACUUAAACCCAGUUCUAGUUCAGCUCUUAUUCAAUUCGCUGAAAUGCGUGGUCCCAUUCGCGCAAUGAAUGCUCAUGCUCGUGAACCGCUUCGUUUAGGUGGUCGACCACUCUCACUUGCUUAUACACCAAGUACACCGACAACUAGUUUAUGGAUAUCAGACCUACCACCUUCAUUGGCUAAUUUGACAGAUGAAGAAUUAUUACAUACGUUAUCACAAAUUGCUCCCGUUCAAGAAAUUGCACUUAUCAAUCGUACUGAUCAAAGUACACGUAAUCAAUCUACUCCGUUGAUUUCUACAUCUCCACCUCAUUGUGCAGCUUAUAUAAAAUUAAAUUCAACUGAACAUGCAAUUCGUCUAUUAACUGAAUUACGCUGUUCCAAACGUUAUUCAUCUCCUACACCAUCGAUCACUACUACAGCUUCAUCAACAACAGGAAUUACAAUAACUGGUCAAAAUGUAAAAACUUCAACACGACGUCCUAUAGCAGUUGAUUUUGCUAGUCCUAGACAAUCAAGUAUUGUCACUAAUCUACAGUUAAAUGCGUCAAGAUCAUCUUUAAAUUCUCAUCGUGUUCGAAUUAUUUCAUCAUCCAACAUUGUGGAUCGAUGGGAUUCAUCAAAUAAAACCAGUAAUUUUCAACCACCUACCGCUUCUACAGCAAUCACGACAUUGACUUCGAAAUCGACUGAUUGCAAUAGUCCCUCUAAUCAUAAUAAUCAAAAAACCAAUUUGCUUAGUCAUCCUUUGACAGAUGUCAAUAAAGAAGUUAACGAGGUGAAGAAUGGUAGUAAUUUGUUUAUAGAAAAACAGUCUGAAAUAAUUUCAAGGGAAUGUUCCAAUCGAAAGUCAUCACGUUUAAAAUCUAUUAAUCAAUCGAAUCAAUUAUCAGAUCGUACUUAUCACCAUCGGUUAAAACGAUCACAUGACAGUAGCCCGAGUAGCUUUAGUACCAGUAGCAGUAGUAGUAGUAGCAGUACAAGUGUGAGUAGUGAUAGUACUAGCAGUAGUAGUAUUAGUAGUACAUCAAUAUCAUCCUCAGGAAGCUCUAUAAGUGCUUCAUCUGGAGCAUCUUCUAAAUGUACUGGUUCAUCAAGUCGUCUUACCAAGGUUCCGUCUCUAAAAAGUAACCAUAAAUCAAAGUCCAUCGAUGCACAUGACAACAAACGUUCAGCUAAACUAUCGGAACGCAGUUCAUCCUCAAAUUGCGGUCAAUUAAAAGUUCAUAAAUCUCUAAGUACUGGAAAACUCAAAGAAAAUAAGUCCUGUAGAAAAACUGAUUCGUCACACUCGUCAACCACACAAAGUUCAAAGUCUGCUGAUUCAUAUUCGUCGUGGCUAGCAGAUACACCAUCUGAUUCGUCUUUUGUUCAACAACCUCUAAGAGUUAUGACAGUCAAUUCAUCCGUUUUAUCACCUAUUCGUAGUUCGGCCGCUAGUAGCGGUGGCCUCUCUAGUCCUGGAGGAUCUUCCUCUUCCAUCGUAGGAAAUAAUAAUAUCCGACGAACGCCGAAUAAUGGGUGUGAAACUCUACCUAACGGUUGUCAGUCCGAAUUUAUUGGUCCAGUACCUAAUCAUCACUCGUCUUUGAGAUUAUCGACAUCCGCACAACCACUCACUCAUACGCCUACAGUUUUAACUAUGAGCGAGUUUAGAGUUAGUCCAACUCCAACAGCUUGCUCUGUCAGUGCCAGCAGUGGAGUAAGCAGUGGUGGUCCUAGUUUCAGCAGUACAAAUAGUAGUGGAGGAGGCAGCACUGGUAGUAGUCCAUUAACAAGCAAUAAUUCAACAACGAAUCACUUUCAAUCUGUAGUCAUCUCUAAAUCUAACUCCAAUAGCCAAAUUAAAGUUACUUCGUCAUCUCCUUCAUUGAAACGCAAUGUUUCACAAUCUAAUGGUAAUGACAAUUCUCACUGUGGGAAUACAAAUAAAUCGCGAACAUUCAGUGACUCUCCUUCAAGCUUAAAACUUCAUUUAUCUUCUAACCCUGCAUUGGCUUCAUCCUCCCCAGGUUCAAAUAGUCCCUCAUGUACUUCAUCUACAACACCGUUAACGGUUUCAAUAAAACUUACUGGUAUUAAUCGAUCGUCGCAGCCUAGUAAUUUAAUUUCUCCUUGUAGUCUUUCCGAAAAUACUGAGUUGUUUAUGUCAAACCAAGAUAAACAAAGUAAUGAUUCACUGCCCUUAACUCCAGUUUCAGCUCCUCCGCUUAGAUGUAAAACAUCUCGACAUACAUCUAUUGAUCCUAGACGUUGUAAUAUCGGAGUAGAAGCACCAACUGUUGGUGGAGCCACCAAUGAUAUUACAGAUUGGUGGAGUAGCGGAUCACCUGUUUAUGAGUCGAUGUAUGAUAAAAUUAAGCGUCGUACAAAUAAAGAAGCUGAAGAACGACGUCAACGACAACUUGAAAGUUUUUCUACCAGAGAGAAAAAUAGUAAGAAACAAAGAAAGAAAGAACAAUCAAACAAGUCUCCACCACAAUCCAAUAUUAAUAACAGUGUUCCCAUUUCUUCUCCAGAUUCGUUUAGUAAUGAGCAAUGUGGUAAAAUUAAUAACACAUUUUCAUUAAGCGGAAAAUCACAUCAUUCUGUUAACUCAAAAUGUAAAUUAGAUGCUAACCGUUCGUCUAACAAGAAGCAUAGUAAUCGUCAAAAAAGUGACACUGUUUCAAUGCAUUCUUUUCUCAGCGAUAGUAGUCAUCUAUCUCAAUGGCACUCAACUCAUAUACAUACUGAUAAAAUUUGCAACGAUACAAAUGGGUCACAUCUUUUUUCACGAAGAAUGUCCAGAAAUUUAAACUCGAGAAAUAAACGUCGUCGAAGUAUUGUCAGCUCUUUAUCAUCUUCAUUAUCAAGCGAAGGUGAAUGUCACUCGAAUUCUCCACCGGAAACUUUAACUCGAUUAAGUUUGGGCAUGCGAUUCCCGGUCUCCGCUACUUAUCAUGAGUGUAUUCGACCAAAUAAACCUUCCACUGCUGCCUCCGCUGCUGCGGUCCCAAACCGUAAAUGGUCAAAUCACCACCUUAGUGAUAAUGAUGAUGAUGGUGGCGAAGAUGACGAUGAUGAUGCUUUAAGUCAGUUAAGUUCAUCUUUAUCAUGUUCAACUAAUGAUAGUAAACUAGAUCCAUCAAAUUUAACAAAACGAAAACUUCAUUUUUCAACAAACAAGUUGAAUCAGUUGAAAAAUACAAAUUUCUCAAGUUUUAAUUCUUCUAAUCCAUUCAGUCGUAAUAAUAAUUAUGAUAUAGAUCAUCACCGAUCUGGUGAACCGAACAAAAAGUCCAUUAGUCUUUCAACUGCAUUAGAAUGGAAAGAUACCGGGAAAAAAUCAAAAUCACACAAUAAACAAAAUAAUAAAUGUUCCAAACAAUUACCUUCGACCAAUGAUAAUGAUAGACAUAAGUCUUCAGAAAAAUUAUCAUUUGUUAAUAGUGGUUUGCUUAAAAGGCAACGUAAUGAAGUUCUUUCACCAAGACCCACAACUACCGAUCUACAUCCUAAUAAACGUAAAAGAGUUUUAACUACACUACAAAAAAAUAUUGGUGAAAAUGAUUGUCCUAACCAAAUCUAUAAUCAUACAAAUCAUCAUCGACAUUUCACCUCACCAAAACACCAUCAUUCAACUUAUCGAAAACAACACCAUAUUCACAGUCCAAAACCGUACUUUUCUGAUGAUGGUACCAUAUUAGAUUCUGAAGCAGAAGAUGUGAAAGGCAGCUUUAUAAGUUCUGAUUCAGUAUCUCACACUACUGGUACAAGUGAUCAUCAUAGUAUGAAAGAUUCUUAUCUUCAUCAUAGAGGAGGAGAUAGACAAAUGUCAUCUCCUGUACAUAGUGAGACUGAUGAAUCCAAUGUAUUCGGUUUAGAUUCACAUAUUCACAGUCCUAAUUCUAGCCGUUGUCAUUCAGACUACAUUAAUAGAAAACAAAAAAAGUGUUUGAGUAAUUUGUGCACCAUGAAUACCACUACUGCUAGUACUCUUCAAUCUAGAGAUGCAGAUGGAGAUUCUGCAUUUGAUGCUCUCCUGGAUUCAGACCGUUUUUCUGCCAAUUCCAAAUCUACUAUAUCUACUGAGCCGAUGGAACAAUGUGAACUUGAUGAAGAUGAUGAUGAAGAUGCAAAUAGUCCAUGCUUGAAAUUCACUGAUGGUGAAGAUGAUGAUGAAUGGCGUUCUGGUAUAGCAUCAAGUUCACCGAAUCCAGUUCAUUUAGAAUUUGAUGAUGGUGACGAUGAUGAUGACGACGACGAUGAGGGUUGUGAAUUGUUAGAUAGUAAACCUGAACCAAAUACUGUUACUUAUCAAUCUGAUUCAUUUGUAGAAAAAUUGUCAAAUUCCAUUAUGGAGUCUUCAGAUGAAGAGAAACCUCAAGAUACUACUUUAAGGCUACAAUCUUCUAUCAGUUUGAAUAAUCAGCAUUCUUUAUCUUCUUGUUCAUCAUGUGGUACAGGUGAAAAGAAAGUUGAUAGUAGUUUUAAUGUAUCCAUUAAUGAUAACGAUAAUGAUAAUCACGACAAAUUAAAUCGAUGUGAUUCACCCACAUUGUCGAACAAAAUGUCUCCAACUGGUGGAGAUCAACAACUCCAUUCUGAUGAACAUCUAUCAAUCAAGCCAGAAACGACAAACAAGCAACCGCUGAGUUCUGUCAUGAUUGAAGAAAUUUCAACCAAAGUUCCUUCUCCAAAUCCAACUGAAUCAAAAUCUAAUAAAGCAGAAAAUUGCUCUCCUCCUCUCUUACAGACCAUUGUUGUUUCUCAGUAUUCUACUGUUCAUAGUUUUGAAAGCAAUAAUGUACCAUCAUUAAGUAAUAAUCAUGACGAUGUUGACCAUUCAAAUACAACAGGAGCCAUCAGUUCCUUUAAACCUUCAGCUGAAAAUGUUACAAAUAAUGACUCUUCUACUGCAUACAUUACAUCUUUAAAUAAUACUGCAGAUUCUCUAAAAACUAAUUUAUCUUAUUCUACUCAUUCAGAAAUAACAGUAGUCAAUGAAACAAGUCUUGCCAAGGAAAUAACAACAAAAUUAUCUCCAAAGAAUGAUAUUUUUCACCAAAUAUCUUGUGUUCCUACAUCUAUUAUUUUCACUCAAUCGACAUCAUCUGUCUCACCACAUGAUUCAGUCUCUUUCAGUUCAGUAUGUACAUUUCCUAAAUUAAUUAAUUCUCCCCUAAUUCUUGACAAUAAACCUGUAAACUUUAAAGCUCGCGAAAAAUCACCUGAAACUGUCAUUCAAGUAGAUCAUACAGUUCCACGUCAAACAUGCUUGAAUAAUGUAAAACCGAUGACAUCUAUAUCGUCUUCAAUGUCAUUGAAUUCUCAACCGACUGAAGUACAUGAUAUUACUCGUUAUGUUCAAAGUGUUAUUGAACGAGUUAAGGCUGAACGUGUUGAAGAAAAUCAACAGGCAGCUGCGGCUGCUGCUCAUUGUCACCAUUCUACUCACCAUCCAACUACCUCUUCAAUGUCGGUUCCUAUAUCAACUUUAUCGACUAUAUCCAUGAAUCAAACACCUAAAGUUUACAACGAACAAAAUACUUUGCCUGGAAUGGCUUCACCUCAUAAUAGGCGAUCAUACAGUGGUCAACGUCGUUCACUCCUUGUUACUGUAAGUACAUGUUCUCCAUCAAAAACUAAUUCUUCGUCUAGAUCUGCGAAGUUAGUAAGUCCUAAUGCACAUAUGUCUGGUCAUCCUGUUGCGACGUGCAGUGUUGAUUUACCAAGUGUUCAUGUCCCUAAUCCAACCAUACCCUGUACAUCUGGUUUACCUCAUCCUAAAAUAUCUUCUGAUUUACAACUACCCUCUAUUCCGGGAGUCAAUGCUUGUGCACCCCUCAAUUUACCUGUUGGUCAGGUGAAUAGCACUCGUGUAACAAGGCAGUCAUGUGGUAUGCUCGACGGUUCACAAACAUCUUUAAAGCGAUCUGAUAUUUGUCAUAGCAAUUUAGAUACAUCUACUGCAUUACCCGUUAAUCAUGCAAGUCGUCGUCAAAGACGUUCUGAAAGUAAGGCAAUAUCAAACACUGUUCCUGUGUUAAAGGAUACCACUGUGUUUUCAUUUUCAACACCUACAGUUUUAACAUCUUCAACUGUAGUUAAUCCGACUUUACUUCCCGUUUCUUGUGCUCCAUCAACUCUAUCUACUAAAUCAACGGAACCUAUUAUUCCAAGUCAUUCUGUGAUAACGACAAGUUGUUCCCAAAUUGCGCAUAGUGGUGCAACGUUGUCUUCGGCUGAUUGUGUACAGAAAAUGAAAAGCUGUAAUAUUCACACAUCUGUUGAUCCUUAUGAACCGAAUUUUGAUGAAGAAUCACCAGUUGGUUUCAAUCCAGCUCAGUUACAUCAUCAUCGAUCAUCUCCGUCAUUAUGUCCAUCUCCUAAUUCCACUCACCAAACUCGUAAAACGCCUUGUACUACAGCUGAAAACAUGACUACCACAAAUUCUCAAUCUCUUCCUUCUACAACUGUGGUGGUUGCCUCGUCAUCUUCACCAAUUAACUCAUCACCAGGACUUGUAGUGUUAGAUACGAAAUCUGUCAGACAUCCUGAGAUAAUUUCAUGCACCACUACUGCUCCAUUAUCUGUAUCUGAAUCUUCUGUGUUGAAUGUACCACCGGCCACUUUCUGUGUUACUUCUAGCCAGUCUGUUGAUACAGUAGAUGAAGUGAUUAGUGAUGUAUGUGCUGGUCAUUUUGAUGUUCAGAGUUAUCUCAAAAAUUGGUCAUGUAAUACUGUUAGUAGUCCUGCUACUACUACGAUCGGAACAACUAUUAAUACAAGUAAUAUUCAGUCAUCUAAAAUUUCCGUCAACAAUCCAUUACCACAUGAAUCUAUAUCGUUACCUAGUAUUUUAACCAGUAUAUCAACGUGUACUCCAACCAUUACUACUACUACUGCUGCUACUAUUACUACUACUUUCCCUACUAUAAGUAUUACAACUAGCCAGUCAUUACAAACGGUUAAUUCAACAAUAGUAACUAAUAUAUCAAAUACCCCAACAGGAAUACCAUUUUCUCUUCCUAUAACUAGUGAACCAAUUGUAGCCGCUGUUACAAUCCCGACUGGAAAAACUAGUAAUUUAGGCAAGAAUGAUUCAAGAAAUCCUAUCAAUAUUGGAACAGGAAGUGCAGUUCUCAAUACUCUUCUUGCUGCUUUACAACUUAUACCAGGUAGUCAAGUAACAGUGACUGGUCCAGCGGCAGCAGCUGGAGUUGUUGGUAAUAAUAAUUCACGUACAAUUUCUGCAGCCACUAUUACACUACCUGUGAAUGCAGCUCAACAGGCUGCUGCUAAUAUAAAGGCGGCUGUUUUAUCUGUCACAAAUCCGAACAAUAGUCAAGGGAAAGCAGCUAACAUUAACUGGAACCAACAAGAUUCAUUGAAUAUAAACAAAAACACGACUGAAUCUACUCACAGUGAAACUAAAGUUUCACAUGGAAUUUUUACUCCACCAAUUUGUGUAACCUCAGCAAAUUUAACCAAUACCGCACAUAAUAAUCGUUUAACUACUACUACUCAUCAACUCAAUACUACACCAGUAGUUUCCAUGUGUUCAGUCGCUCAGUUACCGUUUAAUAAUAACAUCUACGUAAACAGUAAUAUAAACAAUACAUCUUAUCAACAUCCUAAGAUAUUGCAAUCUGGUUGCACAAUGAGUGAAUCAGUCACUUCGAUUACAACAACAACGUCUCAACUUUAUCCUUUACAAACGGCAAUGGAGUCUGCACCCGUGAGACCGCAUUUGGCAUCGGCUACUACAGUUACUAAUAGUACUAUUGCUAGUAAUAGUAGUAGUAUUAGUACUACAUGCGAUCAAUUAUUGAAUAAUGCGCCCGUAUUCGCUUCGUGUGGUAAAUACACUAGUGUUACCCCGACACCAAUUUCACAACAUUCCUCUUUGGUGUCUCAUUCUCAACAAAAUAAUAACAUAUGCACAACAAAACAAUCAUUCGUUCCACCUUCAUCACCAAUCGUAACUAACGGUACUAGUCAUCCUCAGAUUACUUCAAGAACUGUCUCAAAUGCGCCACCUCCACCUACAUCACCAGUUGUACUUGGUCGAAAUUCUGCUGUUUCACCGUUAGCCAAUCCUGUUUUGCAAACAUUAAUCGAUCGGCUAGGUGGUAAUGUUGAACCUUCUGUUGCCAUUGCAUUAUUUCAUGCAGCUCUCAAUGGUUCUAAUAUGAGACGUAACCUUAAUGAUAAUACAACCGAUACACAAGUUAAUCCUUAUUUAAGACAUGUAGCUCAACAGUUUCUUGAUAAUCGGGGUUGUAGUGGUCCUGUCAAACCAUCGAUUCCAAUCAGUCAUUCUGAAUCUCAAGUUCACUCAGCUAGUAGUAUAUGUGCCAAAAGUUUGUCUCCAUCGCUAACUAUGCAGCAUAUUCCUGUGACUAAUAUCACUUACAGUUCAAGUCCUCAUCGACCUCCAGCUUCGGGACUUCCUUUCGUUUCUCCUGUACUAAUCAAUCCUGUAGAUCCUGACAUAGUUCAAGUUGAUCCUAGUAGCAAUAAUAUUAUAUCUCCACCGGUUGUCUCAUCUCGUCUUCCAGGAUCGGACCCACCUCCAAUAAAUAAUAUUACUACUAAUUCUGAUGCCCAAUCUUGGAACACGCUUGGUUCAUCCUAUCCUUUAGUUUGGCAAGGUCGUUUAUCUUUGAAAAACAUGGAAACUCGUGUCGCUCUACAUUUUGUUCAAGGAAAUCAUAAUUUACUUAAUGCUUGUAUGACGUUACUAGCUUCUGGAGGCGGUGGUCAACCACAAUUCUCCUUAAUCACAAGUGGUGGACCUUUACGUAUAGUUCAAAGAAUGCGAUUGGAACCAGCACAACUAGAAGGUGUUCAACGUAAACUUAAUCAAGAAGGUGCUUCAUGUGCUUGUCUAGCGCUUCCUGCUGGCAGUAGUCCUGUUGAGUUAGCACAACAAACUCAAAUAUUAAAUGAAAAUUUCAUUCGUUACAUGCAAGAGAAAAUGGCGGCUGGUAUUAUCAACGUCGGGCAUCCAGAUUAUCAACAAGGACUUUAUGUUGUGCAUAUUUUUCCACCAUGCGAUUUUUCCCAUGCACAACUUGGCUUAGCUGCUCCGGAUCUUCAUAGACGUGUUGUACAGGCGAAUCAAUCUCAUUUACUAGUUGUUAUAACAACAGUUUAA